GGCAGGAGAGGUCCGCUUUGAGUUUAGAGCAACUUUACGCACAUCCACAGCGCCGCGCGGCAUCGAUUCUUCACCUGGAAAUUUAUUCUUUUCAAGGAUUUGAUCUUCAAGUUGAAAGAGGAAUACUGGACAUAUGUGGGGAAAAAAGAAAAAAGAAUCUUUUUUUUUUUCACUUUGAAACAUGAAGCGCAGGACCUCUGCGAAGACAUUUAGUUUCGAUCUUCUUAAAAGUGGCAGGUUUAUUCCAGAAGGUGAGCGCGUUUGACUGAUCUACAAAGACUGAAAGGUCAUUUGCGACGUCUCCGAGCCGCACGUCUCAGUGUAAUAGACACAUGUAAGACUAGUCACAGCCUUUCUCGGCAGGGAGGAGAAUUAACAGGAAGGUUUUCUGUGCCACAAUUCAUCCGCCACCUUUCGCCUCGGGGCGCCCUCCUGUUUCUGCUGCGCGCGUCGAGAUUCGCCAAAUGGAAAACAAGGUUAACGGGAAGAUGAACUCUGUCAACACUUCCAACUCAGACUCCACCGAGGCACGAGUAAGUGAUCUGAUCGAGGCUGGUUUCAGUCGGUCAAAUAAUAAAGUGUCAAACGAGCCGCGGGCUGUGAACUGCGUGCCCUUGUCCGUGCGUAAUUUUGGCACCGGUGGCGCGCCGAUCCACGCUCCAAAUGACUGCGCAGUUUUUAAAGACUGUAGCGUACUUGAUGCUCCACUCGCAGCCAAACACUUUUAUGAUCGCAGCAGUGAAUAUCUGAAGUGUGACAGCGCGCCGUGGGGAGAUUUUGUUAAAGUUCACAGGACAAACGUGAGCUCUCCUGAAAGUUUGCCGGGCGCUGGUCUAAGCCUCCCCGCGACAAACGCGGCGUGUAAAUUCAUCAAGGAUGAGAAGGAGCCUUCAGUGAUCACCGAAACCACCGGCUCUAACUUUGAGCCGGCACCGGACCUGUGCGCUCUCGACACCUGCUGCAACCCCGAAAGGAAGCAACAGUUGGCGCUUGGCGGCAUGGAGUCCGCAGCCUUUGCGCCGACUCCCCGUCCGACGAUGGAGGGCUCUCCAAACUUUCUCAUCGACCUGCAUCAGCCAGAGCAGCUCGGAAACUCGGUGAGGACGGACUCCAGGUGCGCUUUACCCGGGAAGCCUGUUCUGAAUUUGGACGCCAACACUCAGGCGCACGCCCAGUUGAGCAUGUACAGGAGCGAGCUUCCUCGUUGGCAGAUGCAGCCGUCCCCGGCCGAGACGCAGUUCUGGUGCCAGUCAGCCGGAGUGCCCGAGGAACCCUUCACCCCCGGCAGCUAUGAUGGGAUCCAGAACCAGAACCUCUCCCAGAGGAACCUGUCGCCCUUUCCUGGAUUCCCAGGGAUGCCCCCUCAGAGAUUGUGUGUCAUCUGCGGUGAUGAAGCAUCCGGCUGCCACUACGGAGUGUUAACCUGUGGAAGCUGUAAAGUCUUCUUUAAGAGAGCUGUUGAGGGCCAUCACAGCUAUUUGUGCGCGGGGCGAAAUGACUGCAUCGUGGACAAAAUCCGGAGGAAGAAUUGCCCAGCGUGUCGCCUCAGAAAGUGCUAUCAAGCUGGAAUGAUGCUUGGAGGCAGGAAACUGAAGCGCUACGGGGCCUUGAAAGCCUUGGGUCUGACCCCGUCCAUGAUGUUCCAUUCCCACUUGGCCGUGUCCGGCGACAAUCAGGCCCUGACCUCCAUGACCUGCAUACCCAGCAUCCACGAGCUGCAUCUUUCCACGCAGAUCCUCAACAUCCUGGAGAACAUCGAGCCCGAGAUGGUUUACUCCGGCUACGACAACUUGCAGCCCGAGGUCCCCCACCUCCUGCUCAACAGCCUCAACCGGCUGUGCGAGAAGCAGCUGCUGUGGAUCGUCAAGUGGACCAAAUCUCUACCAGGGUUUCGUAAUCUUCACAUCAAUGACCAGAUGACUCUGAUCCAGUACUCCUGGAUGAACCUGAUGGUGUUCUCUCUCGGCUGGCGCUCCUUCCAGAACGUCACCAGCGAAUUCUUGUACUUUGCUCCUGACCUGGUCCUAAGUCAGGAACAAAUGAGGAGAUCGCCAAUUUAUGACCUCUGCCUGGCGAUACAAUUUAUUCCUCAGGAAUUUGCAAAUCUUCAAGUUACCCGUGAGGAGUUUCUCUGCAUGAAAGCCAUCAUCUUGCUCAACACAGUGCCUCUCGAAGGACUGAAAAGUCAGGCGGCCUUCGACGAAAUGCGACAAAACUACAUCCGCGAGCUGACCAAGGCCAUCCACAUGAAGGAGAAGGGCGUGGUGGCCAGCUCCCAGCGCUUCUACCACCUCACCAAGCUGAUGGACGCCAUGCACGAUAUAGUGAAGAAGGUCAACCUGUACUGCCUGAGCACCUUCAUCCAGGCCGACGCCAUGAAGGUGGAGUUUCCCGAGAUGAUGUCGGAAGUCAUUGCCUCGCAGCUCCCCAAGGUCCUGGCAGGCAUGGUGAGGCCGCUCCUGUUCCACGCCAAAUGACGAGCCCCCCCCCCAACUCUGAAGAGGCGUGCUGGGAAAGGAUUCCUCGCUUCACUAUCACUGGAUUCCUCUCUGCCUUCAAUCAUGUCAAACGCCGGCUUGUGCUUUACGUCCUCUGUCGCCUCUGUCGAGGUAAAACUGAAUGUGUUUCUUAAAACCUUUUUAGAGAAAUCUUGAAUAUUAUAAAAGCAGAAUCAAUCAGAAAUAAUAAAGCUAAUCGUGUACGAUUGUCACUCUUUAGCUGAUACGCGACACUGCUGACGAUCGCCUUCGUUUUUCUAAUAAAUCUGUAGAAAUAUAUAUAUUUAAAGCAACAAAAACUUCAGAUUAUAAUGAAACUAAUAACAGCUGCACCACAGUGACUCACUGGGAUUCCAGUGAAGCCAGGAUCUGAGGGGUUUUCUUUUUGAGGGGUGGCGGUUUGCAUGUUCCCCCUCUUGCAUGCAUGUUUUCUAUCUCCAUAUUUCAGGGCAUCCAGUCAUUUUGAUCUGAUGCGAAUGUUUGCGUUGUGUCGGACUGAACGUAUCCAGGGUGUGUAGAUAGGAACACGACGUGAUGUACCAGAGGAAAUCGGAGCUGAGGCCGUUUCCUACAUUUGCUCUAUGCAUUCCUUUUUCUGUCGGAUUAUUAUUUUUGUUGUAUCAUUGCUUCUGAUAACAUCUGUCCACUCACACGGCGAUCAAAGCUCCCUCAGCACAAGACCAAACUAAAGACACAUUUAAAGUAAUCGUUUUUGGCUGAAUGCUGGAUUUUUGAAAGGUAAAGGGUUUGAUGGAGAGACUGCAACUGUUACUCUCAUUCUUUUGCAUUUAUUACUUUCAGAUUUAUGUAAACAUCCAGUAAAAAAUGUUCAAUCUUCCAACUCAUUCCUUCCUUUUUUCUUUAAGAAUUUCCUCACAUGCUCUGUUGAAAAGACAAAUUCUUCAAAAAUCAAACCCUGAUUAGAAACAACUUCGUUCAGGAGUAUCAAACACAUUUCAUUUAUUUAAAUGAAAUCCAUCCUGAGCAGCCUGGACUGGAAAAACAGUGUCAUCAUAAUCUUUAAGAUUAAACUUUUGAGUUUUUUUCUUUGCUGGGGUGCAGAGUAUGUGGUGAAAAUGUCUAUAAAUGUCUAUAUUUCCACAAAAGCAAACAAUUACAAGAAAUAAAAUAAAACAAAUGACAACAGUUUCAUUGUGAACUUAAUUGCAAUGAUUCCUUCCGGUGCAAAAAAAGAGUUUAAAUUCUUUUCUAAAUUUCAACCUGCAUAAAAAUAUGUGUCAACAAAUCCACACAAUAUUUAAUACUGAUGAGAAACGUGACCAAUAAAUCAGAUCAGUCAUGCAUUAUUGCAAGAAAGUUGAAGUUGACCAGUUUUUGUCUACCAAUUAAUCAAUUAUAACUAAUCCUGUUAUUAAUCUUUAAGAAAAAUAUAUUGGAUGGGAAGGAUGUGAAACACUCCAACUAAUACAUAUUAAUAAACAUGCAAUGCAAUAAAAACAGGUGUAUUUGCAGUAAUAUUGUCUGAGCAAACAGCUACUGCGACUCAAAUCCGGCUCCCAGGGUGAAAGCUCAACCUCCGGGGCGGGUAAAUAUUCAGGAUUAUUAUCUGUAACAACCAUUAACAGUGCUGCGUUCAUUCACUCGCUCAGUGCAACAAAGAAAUCUGCACAACGAGUCUAACAGGUCACAUGAUUUAUUUAUAGUCACGAUUAGACACGUUGAACUUACAGUAGAUAAUUGCGAGGAAACAAAGCAGAAGAAGGGAUAAAAAGGGUUACAUAUCGAGGACGUGAGUCUCACUCCUGUGAUUCGCCCCGGUAAAUAGAGACGGUGAGGGAGUAUUAGUCCAGCAUCAUAGUUCAAGGCCACCUCACAUUCUCAGAGAUGUAAAUGGAAAAGAACAUCCUGAUCUUGGCGAGGAGGAAAUCUCACACAGCCUCCCAGAGCCAGUCUGGCCAACCCGAGCCAGCUCUUCUCUAAUAUGUUUCAGUUUGUAAAAACCGAAAAGGAUUGAUAUAUAUUGAAUUUUUUAAAAUCACAUCACUGAAUGUAACUUUUUAUGUCAUUGUGAACGUGAUAAUGUUCUAGGAAAAAAAGUAAUCUGAUACAUGUCUCGUGUCUGCUACUGGUACACCAGUGUACCAGUGAGGACAGCAAAGCUUCAUCCGACAGUACAAAACAGCAUUUUAACACGUGAUGCGUAGCUGACUUGACAGUGUGGAGGGAUGCACGUUCACCAGAAGCAGAUAUUCAGACGAGCCAUAAAGUACCGUGGAGCGAUCCAGAAAGUGCGCUUUGCAGAAGUGAUCAGAGUCCACAAACAUGAAAAGUUAAGGUGCAAACUCUCUAUGCUUAUUUUUUUCUUUCUUUAUCAUCAUUUUUUUUUGGAAUCAUAG